AUGAAGCUUCUAAGGAACAAGAAGCAUCGAGGAUAUACUCAUACUCUAGAUGAAUAUUUGGAUCCUAUCAAUCAAGUACAGGGAGAUUACAAGGAGGGAUAUUAUAUUGGUGUUGAAGUACCCGAAGAUGAUUCUGACGCAGAAAACCCAUUUUAUGGGCCAAAUGUUUGGCCCUCGAUAGACAACUUUGAAUCUUGGGAAAACAAAAGUGAUUUCCAUCUGAGUGAGGUGGAAAAAGCAAUUGCAAGACUCAUAGCCCUUGCAUUUGACCUUGGGGCAACUUUUUUUGAUCAGCAAGAAAUGCUUGGCAAGCCUAUUGCCAUGUUUCGCCUACUACAUUGUGAAGGUCUAAUAUCUGAUCCCACAAAGGGAUUAUAUGGAGCUGUUGCCCAUUCUAAUUUUGGUUUGGUUACCCUCUUGGCUACGGAUGAUGUUGCUGGUCUCCAAAUAUGCAAGCAUAAGGAUGUCAAACCUCAGAUCUGGGAACAUGUGGCACCAUUGAAAGGGUGGGUUAGUAUAGCAUUGAGAUUGUUAAUCGUGGAAAAGAAGAUGAGUUAUACACAAUCUAUUGAAGUUGUGUUUGUCCGUCAAUGUAAUUCAUGCAUCUUGCUAGUAAUUUAUACUGGGAUAAUUUUGGAUUUUUUUUACAUUGAUGGGCUCACAACCUAUGCGAUUGAGCUUUUGGGUGGUCGAGUUGGGUCAAACACGUAUGGUAGACCCCAUCUUGCCAACAAGUGGUAUCAAAAGCAUGUUGGGCUCUUCCAUUGUGGACUCUUCAUCUUCCCGACAACUGAUAUCAAGGGUUGUCCAUAUUGA